CACAAAUGUCAUCGUGUUUUCUUCCGAACCUGAAUCGAAGAAAAAAUAAAUCAUCACAUCGGAAUUUUCGUGUGUGCUCUUCUAGUGGUUGUUCGUCGUGAUCAGGAUUAUUAAUCGCCGGAGAUUUUCCGCAAGGAAAAAUGGUGCUCUCCAAUGUGGUCCGCGUUGUGAAUCGACUCAACUCAGCCGGUACCCGGUCAGGGUUGAUGGGAAUCCGGCAGCUACGUAGGAAAUAUACCUACCGAAGCGGUGCACUGAAACCGAUGCCAAAUGUUAUCCCGUUCGGUUUGCUCGGAGUGGUUCUGACCGUGAUUCCGGGGCUGCUGAUCGGGGCCACCAUCAGCAAGAACAUGGCAAACUUCCUGGAGGAGAACGACCUGUUUGUGCCCUCGGAUGACGACGACGAUGACGAUUAAAAUAUGGUAGCGGCGAUUGUUCGGACUGCUUUUUCCUCAUCUGGAUUUGCUCUAAUUUCGCAUGUGUGGAUCGAUAUUAUUUUUAGAAGUGCUGUGGCUGAAGAUUAUUUACGGCUAUGCCAGUGUUAUUUCCUUAUGCAUGAAUAAUAAUUUUAAUUAUUAGAAGGUGUCUAAGGACAAUGCAAGCAUAAUUUCUCUAAAUGACGUAUCUGAUUGUACGUUGACUUAUUUGCGAUGGUUAGAAAUCCCAAAGUUUAAACAGCCGAAAAAAUGGAUAAAAU